CCCCCCCAUACCUUACCUAGGUAGCCAACUCUAAUUGCAUCUCCACGACUUCACAUCCUCACUUCUCCCACAUACUACCAUCGAACAGUCUGAAAAAUGGCGGCGGAACCUCCAAUAGUCCUGGACGGAGGAACCGGAUUCCUCAAAGUUGGAUACGCCGCACAGAACUUCCCCGAAUUCCAAUACCCCUCGAUUGUCGGUCGACCCAUCCUACGGUCCGAAGAGAAGGGCAAUGAUGGCCUCGUCAUCAAGGACAUCAUGUGCGGAGACGAGGCGGCAGCAGCUAGAACUAUGCUCCAGGUAUCAUAUCCCAUGGAGAACGGUAUUGUGAAGAAGUGGGACGAUAUGCAGCAUCUAUGGGACUACACUUUCUACGAGAAGAUGAAGGUCGACACUACUGGGCGCAAGAUCCUGCUUACGGAACCACCAAUGAAUCCCUUGCGCAACAGGGAGCAGAUGUGCGAGGUUAUGUUUGAGAGAUACCAGUUUGGAGGUGUUUACGUGGCUAUUCAAGCUGUGCUGGCUCUAUACGCGCAGGGUCUUAGCUCAGGAGUAGUUGUUGAUUCCGGAGAUGGAGUUACCCAUAUUGUCCCCGUCUACGAAUCAGUCGUCCUCAACCACCUUACCCGUAGAUUAGACGUAGCAGGUCGAGACGUCACCCGCAACCUGAUUGCCCUCCUCCUCCGCCGCGGAUACGCCCUCAACCGAACAGCUGAUUUCGAGACUGUCCGCCAAAUCAAAGAGAAGCUAUGCUACGUUUCCUACGAUCUAGAACUCGACCAGAGAUUGAGCGAGGAUACCACAGUUCUGGUAGAGAGCUAUACCCUCCCUGACGGCCGCGUAAUCCGUGUUGGCAGCGAACGCUUCGAAGCCCCAGAAUGCCUCUUCCAACCCCACCUCGUCGACGUCGAACAGCCCGGUAUCGCCGAAUUCCUCUUCAACACCAUCCAAGCCGCCGACGUCGACGUCCGCUCCUCUCUCUUCAAAGCCAUCGUCCUCUCCGGCGGAAGCAGCAUGUACCCCGGUCUCCCGUCGCGAUUAGAGAAGGAAUUGAAACAGCUCUGGCUCACCAAAGUCCUCGGCGGAAACCCAGAGAGGCUGAGCAAGUUCAAGGUCCGCAUCGAGGAUCCGCCGAGGAGGAGACAUAUGGUUUUCUUGGGGGGUGCGGUGCUGGCGAAUAUCAUGGCGGAUAAGGAGAAUAUGUGGAUCAGUAAACAGGAGUGGGAGGAGCAGGGAAGUAGAGUACUGGAAAAGCUUGGUCCUAGAUAGGUUGGUGCAUAGUUGCAUGAGUUUUUUUUGGAAGCUGGGAAGGGAAUGACGAAAAUGAAGCUGAUGAUUGUUUUUGCGCCGACCACGAACUUUUUUUCUUGAUACAGAUGAUUUUGACUUGUAUCUGCGUGUUUGAAGCUGUGGCAAGCAAUGAGAGAAGUAGAGGAAGUCCUCCGAAAUAC